AUAAAGAACAAGCAAGUCCGAACCAAUCUAGAACAACACACACACACACUUGGAGUUAGAGAAAAAAGAAGAGUUUGCCUUUUUUUUUUUUGGGGUGUGUCAAGUUUCUGUUCUUCCUUUUCUCGUGCUUCCAUCACGAGAUCUCUCACAAGGCUCUCGCGACUCAAGAAAGGUAAAGAGAAAGAAAGAAGAUUCCAUAAAUGGACAUGAAAAGCAACAACCACCAGCAACAGCAACAAGUACUUGAUGGCUCGGACAUAGUUGAGCUGGUGGAAAACGAGAAAGUGUUCGACAAGUUUGUGGAACAAAAGUUUCAACAGUUAGACCAAGAUGAAGAUGGUAAGCUCUCCGUGACUGAGUUACAACCCGCAGUUGCUGAUAUCGGCGCCGCUCUUGGUUUGCCUGCUCAAGGCACUUCUCCGGAUUCUGAUCACAUCUACUCCGAGGUCCUAAACGAAUUCACUCAUGGGAGUCAAGAGAAAGUGAGCAAGACAGAGUUCAAAGAAGUGUUGUCGGACAUUUUGUUGGGUAUGGCUGCUGGUCUGAAACGUGAUCCUAUCGUCAUCCUCAGGAUGGACGGUGAGGAUCUCUCGGAGUUUGUCCACGGCCCUGGAUACGAAAUCGAACUUGUUUCUGUCUUCUCAGAGCUCUCCAGUUGCAAGGACGCAUCGCUCCGUGAUUGUAUCGUCAAAGCUCUCCAGUCUCUUUCUGUUGAUCAUGGAAUGCCUCCUUCCAACGACCCAUGGGUGAUGAGCAACAUUGUAGAACCAAUUGUUGACUCUUGUCUUGAUGAAGAAGAUAAGAGAGAGAAGAGCGCGUCUCAGGAGAAAUUCUUAGAGGCAUUCAAGAGAGUCGUGGAGAGAGUGGCUCAGCGUCUCAAUGAACAACCCGUGAUCGUUGCUCACAGCGAAAAUACUUUCGAUGGGAGCGGUGUCAGGAGGCUCUUGUCCAAUAAAUUCGAAUUCGAUAAGGCACUAAACGUUGCAUUGGAGACGAUUCCAAAAGACCGUCAUGGUAAGGUGUCUAAAGAAUAUAUACGAGCUGUGCUUGACACUGUUGCACCAUCUGCGAGUUUACCACCGAUAGGCGCUGUGUCCCAGAUGGAUAAUAUGAUAAUGGAAGCGUUGAAGAUGGUGAAUGGAGAUGAUGGAAAUAUGGUGAAGGAAGAAGAGUUUAAGAAAACAAUGGCAGAGAUAUUGGGGAGUAUAAUGUUGCAGCUUGAGGGUAAUCCGAUAUCGGUUUCCUCUAACUCGGUGGUUCACGAGCCGCUCACCUCGGCUACAUUUCUGCCUCCGACUCUGAAUGAAACAGAGGAGCCUUCAACCUAAUCAAAGACGGGGAAUAACCAACAUCAACAAUGUUAUAUGGUUUCAGAGUUUUUUACCCCCAAAAGUUUUAGAGUAAUGAGGAAAACCGUCUUACUUUGCAGAUGUAUAAGAUUGAAAGUUUGGGGUUUCCUCUUGUGGGUGUGGUGAUUAUGCUCAUGCUUUUUAUUUUCUUUCUCUAAUUACCAAGGGAUGCAAUGUUUACUCUGUUUUUAUUUCGUUAUAAAUUGUUUACGUUUAUGAAACA